GGAAGAAUGAGGCGGCACAAGACUCAGAGGCAUUCACCCGUCAAGGCUCACUCACUCUCCCUACUACGACGACACCAGCGAGCACUACAGGAUGCGUCAGUCUGUGUUAGUGAGUGUGUUGGUGGUGUCGCUGUUAGUGACAACCAUCACGCCACAAUGCAACGCCCAGGGAUGGGCGGCAGUAGCAGCAGCUGUCGCCUCUAAAGUGGUUGGGUUAUGGCAAAACGGACAUGUUGACCUGCUUGACCACCCCUGCCGGUUCAGUGUCAAGCCCACCGUCAGAAGGUUUCAGCUGUACUUCAAGGGGAGGAUGUGGUGCCCAGGCUGGACAAGUAUUAGGGGAGAAGCUAAGACCCGCAGUCGUUCUGGUGUUGUUGGGAAAACUACCAGGGAUUUUGUCAACAAGGCUUUCCAAGCUGGUCUUAUAACCGAGAGGGAUGCCCAACAAUGGCUGAGUCAUUGAAGGCUUUAGUCACCCUUUACCUCUACUACUCAUCAGGAAUAUAAACAAAAUAUAUCUGGAAAUUUUGUCGUUGUGUUUAAUAUAGCGGCCAUCUUUUUUGUGUUUGAAUGUGGCGGCCAUCUUUGUGUGUUUGAAUGUGGCGGCCAUCUUGUUACAUUGAAUGUGGUGGCCAUCUUAAAUUUUUCCGACUUUUGUUAUUGUGUAAUUUAAUGUUUGUCUUGGUAGAGAAUGAAGUUUUCAACAAAAGUAUUUUCUGAAA